AUGGAGGUUGAUCUCAUCAUCCGCAUGGGAUUUCUUAUUCGCGACCCCCACAAUCACAUCGUCGACCAUCAUAAGAAACAAUUUAUUGAACAUACACAUAAGAAAUGGUUUACUGUCUUUCGUGAUCAAGGAUUAUCGAAAGACGACUUUGAUCGAAUGGUAAAGACACAAAGUAGCCUUUUGUUAUUUAAUAAUUUCUUAUCGACCAGCACGAAAGAGCAAAUAUCCUUGAAUUUUGCUUGUCAACCCAUUGCAACGUCCGAUCUUGUUGGUAUGGUAUUCGUCAUGACAAUUCGUCCAUCGAUUUUGUCAACACCAUUGGCUAACGUCAGUGAUGUCAGUUAUUUCAAAGAAGAAGAAGAAGAAAUUCUCUUCUCCAUAAACUCCAUUAUUCGUAUGGAUCCAAUGAAACAAAUCGAUGAAAAUAAUCGUCGUUGGCAAGUCGACUUAACGUUGACUAGUGAUAACGAUCCAGAUCUCAAUGCUCUUACUGAACGAAUGCGAGAAGAGACCUAUCCUGAGAAGGAAGGAUGGGAUCAUCUAGGUAAUUUAUUGAUUAAACUGGAACAGUUCAACAAUGCUGAAGAGGUAUAUGAUAUCCUGCUUCAUCGAACAAGGACUGAUGCAAAAAAGGCAUUAAUGAAUCAUAUGCUUGGCAUGGUCAAAGAUGAUUAA